CCUGGACAGCGCACCUGUGGAGACGCAGACAGAGGUCUGUCACCACGCACAGUUCUUCCCACAGGUCUGAGGUCGGUGUGGUCGACAUGUCCUCCUGUAAUUCCGCCUGGUAGGCAAGGAGCAGCGACGACGCAUUCAAUGCUUUCACCGACAGUGCCACCGAUUUAUAGCCCUUCUCCGUCAUGGAUGACUGGAAACAAUUUUGCUCUCGGGAGCCUCUUUCCCUCGUAGCGGGACGUGGUGGUCUCCGUCAGGGUUUCAGGCCACUCGAUGCCCAGCUUUGCAGCUGCUCUUCUACAAACGUCAUGCAGGUCCACCGUUGCAACUGGGUUUGGAGAGCCGCUGCACGUGCCACCCGAGGCCACCGGCUUUGCAGCCGGUGGGACAGAGAAGGGUUCGAUAUCUCCCUCGUCCUCUUCGGAACCGAGGCUGAUAGAUUCGUCCCCAGAGUCAGAGUCGACUCCCGCGAAGUCACCGAGCCCCAGAGGGCUGGCUUCCUGCUCGUCAGGGUCGGUUAACGGGGCAACAGCAUCUAGCUGGUCGCCCCAGCUGGUGCCCAUAGGGAUGGUGUUUCCCUGGCCACUCUCAGUCAGCUCCUGUGGUGGUGGGAUGGUUACCCCCAUCACUGGGUCUGUGGACGACAGGCUAGCUUGGCGUGCUAGCCUGCGCCUUCGAGUCUUGAGAGACAGGCGUGCACAAUGCUCACAGCUAGUCGGGGAUGCUAACGCGUCCUGGGCAUGUUGCAGCCCAAGACACGAAGCACAAGCAGCAUGGGUAUCUGCCCCGGAAAUCUUGCUACCGCAUGCGCACGACUUGGGUGGUAGCUUGUCCGUCUCCAUGGUGAGGAAAAUUCCAAGCUCCGUGUUUGUCAGCUCCGAUGGAAAAACGAAGCGAUCUGCAGCUAGUAUGGCGGCCAGCUGCAGCAGCUACUGUUUGGUGACAGCCUAGCUGGUUUCUCAGAUAGCUGCGUAGUAUCAGGAAGCGUCCGGCGACCGAGUGGUUAGCUCGCUCUGUGGACAGUAAUGCUAGCCCUUUAGCUACACACGCCGUCUGAGAGGUUGCUUCUGGGAGCGAGAAGAGGUGUUAGACUAAAAAGAGAUGGUCACGUCAAGCUUUUAUAGCGGGAGGAAGCCCCUCCCUUACGGAGCAGACGUGACCUCUGCGUGCCAGUCAGGACUGGCGUAAUGAAAAAGGGCUUCUGGGGACAGCGUCUGGGGGCGUGUCCCAUAGUGAGAUACCGAAACGAA